AUGGCCCGUCUUGCAGCUGUGUGCGUCUUGGCGGCUGUCGCCUGCCUCCUGAACAGCAUGGCCUUCGUGCCAGCUCCGGAAAGCCGAGCCCGUGCCAUGGACACAGGAGCCGUGGCAGCGGCAGCUGGUGUCAUGGCUGUUGGCGCACCACAGAAUGCGGAAGCCUUCGUCUUCAAGGGCAAGGAGUACUUCGAUGUUUUCUACGGCAUUGAGCCACUGGCCUGGGCCUUCUGCGGCUUCGUCAUCGUCUACUACGGCGCCGUGCUGAAGAACGCUGCCACCAAGUACAACAUCCCAGUCGACAAGACCAGGUCACCCAAGGUGGGCGGCUUCCAGGGCAAGGUGGUCACUUCAAGAGAUUGGGGUGAUGGUGCCGAGGAAAUCGAGAACAGUGAGGACAUGGAGAAGUUUUACAAGCCCAGCUGA